UUCAGGCUUCAACUUACUGAUACCAAGUUCUUCAUUGUGUGUUACAUGGGAGGGGACUUCAUGUGCUCUGUGUGAACAUCAAAAUGGAUGUUUCUGUUAUUGAUGACUUUUCUAAUUGAUUGGAGCCUAUUUUUGAAAGAUAUAGUGGAGACUUAUAGAUUACAACUGCACCAAAACUGUAGUUCUAUCCUUUUGCGAGAGCUGUAUGGAUUGUAAAUCAUUUACUUUCUGUACAUGCUUAUCUUUUGGGGAUUGGUUAUUUUUGGUUGAGAGGUCUGGGUCUGCUCAUUUCUGCUUUGUAUGCAUGUAAAUGACCACUAGGUUCCCCGAUAUGCUCCAGAUCAGCACUGUUCUGUAACCUUAGAAGAUAGAUUUUCGUCUUAGGUUUGAAUUGAUUCCUGAUCCUUUCUGUCAUCAGGUCCCAUAGGCAUCCCACGUUGUAUUGAAUUCUUCUCUAAAACCUAAUUCUAUGGUAUACACAUAAAAUGAGUGUAGCUGAGAUGUGGAUGUUGAGAUGGAUAAGUUGCAAGAUAGAAAAGUUUAAAUCAUAAAUUGAUGCAUUUGAGGGAACUUAUGAUACAGACAGGUAUUAAGAACAGAAGGUCAACAGAUGGUUCAGUGAUGUGUAGUCUUCCAACUGUGCGGGUGAGGACUGAUAAGAUGCAAUUUGAAGUUGUAGAAGACAAGGUGGAUUUUGAAAAUGACAUGGUUUGAAGCAAGGAAUUAACUUUUUAUGUGGUAGAAGUUCCUAACUAAGGUGGAAUAGUGGAGCAGGAUUCAUUUUGUUGACCACAUGUAGUUGGUAGAAAGCUUAGUUGACUAUGUAUUCCUUUUAAGUCAUUUUGAGGGGCCUUGAUUCCUUUCUUGGUUUCAGUUGCAUUCUUUUUCUCUUACUUUUAGUGAAAUAAAUGCGACAUUAUGUAAGCCUGAUGUGCUUCAUCUUUUCUAGGCAUGCACUGAAUGUUCAAAUAUUCCUUAAGAUGCAUAGAUCAGAUUAUGCAGAGAAACAGCUAAAGAUUAUGCAACAUAUAGAUGAGGACCACACGCUAACCCAACUUGCAAAUGCUUGGCUAAAUUUGGCAGUGGGUGGUUCAAAGAUACAAGAAGCAUACCUGAUCUUUCAAGAUUUCUCUGAGAAGUUUCCAAUGACCACAUUGGUCCUCAAUGGCAAGGCUGUCUGUUGCAUGCAUAUGGGCCACUUUGAUGAAGCCGAAACCCUGUUGCUAGAAGCUCUAAACAAGGAUGCAAAGGAUGCCGAAACUCUGGCAAACCUUUACGUAUACAGUCUUCACCUUGGCAAGCAAUCAUCUCGUUUUCUCAGCCAAUUGAAGCUCUCACAUCCUGACCACAUGCUUGUCAAACGGAUGGUGUCUGCUGAAGAGAGCUUCGACAGAGCUGUUCAAACAAUUGCUUGAAGGUGUUGUGGGUCAGUUGAUAUGCUGCUGAUAGUUGCAUAAUCCAAAUAUUAUUAGAUAAUUUGAGUAGAGUUGUUUUGUUUUCCCCUUUUGCAUUACUGUUUCUUUACCUACUGGUGUUCAUACUGUCGGAGUAGUAGAGUAGUGCCCCGUCCUCUUUUGUCUCUGUUCUCUUCAACUGAAGUUUAGGUAGUCGGAAACUGUAUUAGGGCUUGCAAACUCAUGUGAGCAAUAUAUGGAUUGAAUAGACAAAGAUGAUUUAAAGGAUGUCAAAUUUUAUUUGUUGAAGUGGAACGAUGUUUGCCUUGA